UUAUCGCUGAUCAAUUCACAGUGGUGAGCAAUGUGAUCACAAGACCAACCACUCACCAGACUUCGGAAACUACGGGUUCGUCAGUGGUGAGCAAUAUGACCACAAGACCAACCACUCACGAGACUUCGGAAACUACGCAAUCGUCAGGUAAGCAUAUGUGA